AUGGCUGGGAAGCGGGAGGAGCACAAAAAGGUCAAGCCGAAGCCACCCCGACAGCAACAACCCGCCUCCUCCCGGCGAAAGUUGGACAGAUCCGACCCAAGGCCUCCUCUCCCCGCCUUGAAUUCGUCCCGAACCGAAAUAUUCCUUCACGAGAAGGGGAAGGGGCUACUCAAGGACCCUCACCCGAUGAGAAACCCGCGAGAGCUCGCAGACCGUUCAAAGUAUUGCCGAUUCCAUCGGCAGCAUGGGCACAACACUGAGCAGUGCCGCGAGUUGAAGAGGCAAAUUGAGGAGCUCAUCCUCAGAGGUCACCUCGGCCAAUAUCUCCGGCCGAACAAGGAGCUGUCACCUCGCCCGGAGGGCCCCAUUGAACGACACAUCGAUGUGAUAGCCGGUGGUCCCGCAUCAGGGGGACGCUCCAUGUCGGGCAGAAAGGCGUAUGCCCGAGCCGCUCUAGACGAAGCCUUGGGACACGAGCCCGAGCCCGAGAUAACCUUCCCGACCGGAGCGUCCGAGCGACCCGACCACGACGACGCCCUUGUGAUAUCGGCCAGGGUAGCCAACGCGUAG